AGACACACUCGAUUUGAAAUUUGAAUCUUGACUUAACCCCUGAGGAACACAAACACUUGGUCGACUCAGAAGAGUAGUCAACGGCAAAAUGACACAGCGCUCCUUUCAAUCGCUUCCUACAGAGACGAUGUGCAGUAUCUUCAAGAUCAUACUUGAAAGUAUGGUCGAAGAUGAUAUGACGGCGACCCCUAAAAACGAGCACCGUAUGCUCGCAAGAGGCCUGCCGUUCCCUCACACCGUGGCUUUGGUGUGCAAACGCUGGCGAAACAUUGUGUUUUCUAUGCCGGAGCUGUGGACUCGGAUAUCCUGGGCACCGUCUACGAACGACCAGUGGGUAAGCUCCCAGUUACAGAAGACAGGGAGUCACCCAGUCCAUUUUGUAAUAAAAGAUAAAUUCCUGGGCAGAAUUUUUCCCCCAUACUUUACUUUAUUAUAUCUUCAACGACUCAAGAGCCUCAUAAUCACUGGCGUCUUCGAUGAAUACCGCAACUUGGACGCGCUAGCGGGAUAUGCGCCCCAGCUCGACUGUUUACGAUUGACAGAUGUUAGACGUCAUCAUUAUACCAUUGGCUUGGAACCGUGUUCAAAACUGGUGUGUCCCGCCCUCAGGACCCUUCACAUCGACAAGAAUAUAGCUUGUCACCUCAAUCUCCAGUGGUUCAAGAAUAACAUGCAACACGUCGAGGUCCUGACCAUUUACGGCGGCUCUCCGAUCAAUAGAAUGGCAUCCAUGACGCUUGGUCAAACCUUGCAGGCAAUACCGCGGCAAAUACCUUGCCUCAUUCUCGACGACCUGCAGUUUGUCAUUGCCUAUCCGGGAACCUACGCCGACGCAAUCACAAUUUGGGCAGAGAAAGUCAUCCUGCGCAGAUGCAUCGAAGACGCUCUAACUGCAUUCAGUGGUGAAUGUCAAACCAUCGUUCUCCAGGAAUGCGAUUCUAUCCAUGGACUUCGUCGCCUAUCGCUACCCCGCUCAAAUUCAUUGGAGUUGGAUAGGUGCGCUGCCACACGCGGCUUGCGGUGGAUACCUAAAACACGCCCGUGGCAUGGUGAUACUGUUACCAUCGUGAAUAGCCAUUCCUCGUGCAUCAAGAUCAUCUUUUAUUUCCUCGGUGCACCUUUCGCUCGUCGUAACUGUUCCCUGUGGCCCCGUGUCACCACGUUAAACCUCAUAGCGAGGGAUGAUUUCGUCAUGGAGUUACCUUUGAUGAUACUGAAGGCAAUGGUCAGCAGCCGGAGGGAGGCUGCGGGGCAGGAGAAUUCAUGGAAGGACGUCUGUGAACUAGACGACGCUGUGCGUCCGCUUAGGAUGCUUCAUGUGUAUGGGGCACAACCUCUUCCACGCGAGGAGGAAGUGUGGUUCAAGAGUCAGGUGAGGGACUUUGUGUGGGACUAGAAGAAGAGGAGAUAAGGGAAAGAGACUAUCAAAGCAAGCAGCCAAGAAACA